AUGGCAGUGACAGCAUCGGGUGAACAACAAUUAAGAAAUGAAAUACAAUACUGGGUUAUUAUCGGGUUAGUUGUUUCAACAGUGGGAACAGUUGUGUCAGGAAUAUUUUUAUGCGAACGUCAGUUAAGAUUUCCGUUAGUGGAAACAAUAACUUCAUCAUUGCUUGCCGUUGGUCAUACAACUUUUGUAACUGUUGGGGCUUUAAAUACUCCUCACGAAAUUAAAUGUGAAGAAUACCCUAGUGAUUUAGAGAUAGUAACUUGUGACUCACCAAAAGCUGCUGUAUUUUUCUCUUUUGUGGCCAUAAUGUGUUAUGGAUUUUCAGCCCUUUCGGCAUUUAGAUAUUGGAAUGAUAGAAGAAAAAAUUUACCAACAACCACAGCCGUUACUCAAAAUGAUGAAAAAUUAUAG